AGCUGUGGACGUUGCAAACGAAAUGCUUGAAGCAUUAAACUUUUCCGUAGCUUUGGAAUACAUUUAUCAGUUACCAUGGUGACGACCGAAAUUAUGUGACAAUCUUCCCUAGGCUAGAGAACUAUUCAUAGGCAGGAAGGAAAAUCGAUUCGUACAAUUGGUUGACUAUGGCAAGUACCAACCCUGCUAAAGAUCCAAAUGAAUCCUCUGAAAUGGCGACCCCUACAUCAGAGAGCAUUGUGCAAGCAUUCACGGUUUAUGCUUCCAGCAAAGAUGCAGAAAUCAAGGAGUUGAAAGCUCAACUUGCAGCGGCUGAGAGUGAAAAUUUGGACUUGAAAAGUCAAAAAGCCACAUGGUUCUUGGAGAAGAAAUCUCUCAGUGAUCGUGUAGAGAGGCUUGAAAGAGAGUUGAAGAUGCUGCAGGAUCUUCAACGACGUCAAGCAGCAGGCGUGUCAAGCAUGGGUGUGUCGACUGAUGGCAGAGGCGAUGCUGCACCGGGGCCGCUGCUUUCCAGAGUUGAGAGCCUUGAGAAAGGCAUGGCAAGUGUCCGGAUUGGAGGUGAGCAUCCCGAGUCUUGCCCUUCGCCCGUCUGCUCGGAGCAUCUUGUGGAAACGGAUGGCCAGAUCACCGACUUGCCCAACACCCAUCUAAAGUCAGCACUACUGGCCGGAUCCGACGUUCCGCAGACAGAAACAACAGCUGCAGGAGAAGGCAAAGUACCGGCAGGAAGAGCGGCAGUCCCGGCUGAGACCAAAGCCGCAGCUAUGGCCUCCCAACAAGGCGCCUUUGACAAGCUUGAGAGCAGAAGUUACAGCUUCGUCCAAGUCUCCAGCAAGGAAAAAGUGACCGAGUGUCCCGUCAGUACAGAAAUGAUGGAAUGGCUCUCGGAAAAUCUCACCCUUGCUGACUGGAAACCGUUGAUGCGAAAGCUGGGACUUACGGACGUCGAGAUCGGGAAUGCAAGUUUUGGCCACCCACACGUAGUGGAGCAACGCUACCAGUGUUUGCUGCACUGGCGUAAGACACACUCCAGAUCAGCCACAGUCCCCACCUUGCUGACUGCCAUCCGUGCGAAGUCGCUGCAUCAGCUGGCCAGGGAUUUCUGCAAGGAGUUCCCUGCGGAGAGCUCCCCUGUUGAAACCAAGCGGGAGUCUACACCUGAGCUCACGAGGAAUUUUUUAAGUAACCUGGAGAGGUUCUUGGAUCCAUUUGUUGCUGACUUCGACGCCCUUAAGCAAGACCUGCACAAUGGCCCCAGAAUUUCUCAAGGGCAGUGCCUCAAGAUCGGAUACCGAUCGCAAGAGGGAAACGGCCGACUUGACACUGUCAUGGAGGACUGGAGUUCUACGUAUUACAAGAAGAAUAACUCGGACAGCGAGUUGGACAAACGCUGGGCGCUUCGGAAGUUUCUCCAGAACUGUGGAAAAGAAGUACGAGCUAUCUUCAAGAAACACGUCAACCAGGGAGGAGUGAUAGGCCCUGCUGCGGGAGAUGAUGCCAAGAUUGGCAAUUUGCCCUACUCGACGAUUCAAGACAUUGAGGAGAUGCUGAGCUACACCGAUGGUGUGCGCAACUGGAAGGAUCUAGCCGAUUGGCUGAGGAAGCAGCACCCAAGCGUCUUUCAGCCGGUCACCAAGAACAAGAUACGACUUUGGGAGAACGACCCUGACCCACGCAAGGGCGCCAAGAGUGUUUUGCAAGUCUGGGAGACCACCACCCAAGCCAAAGUGGGCGCCCUCUAUUCGUGGCUGGUGGAGAACGGACGCCUGGAUAUAGCAAAGGUCUUGGAAUAAUUAAGUAAGGCAGAACACUGCUGUAGCAAAAAAAAAGAUUGUCUUGUUUAGCAGUCGUUCCUUAUAGUGAUUCCAAGAUGGCGUUUUGUGUACAUAAGGUGACUUGUAUGUUGCACAUCCCAACUGUAAUUUGAAUUUUGGACUUUUUGAGAUACGGUCAAUUUUUGGAAUUACGGAGGCCACUGUUUCAUCCAACGAAUGCUGAAGUCCAUACAGAAAGAUAGCGAGACGUAUCUUGGGCAAAAUAGAUACAUGUAAUGACAUAUGUUUAGAUAAAUCCUUGUUGUGCUAAAUGUGACGAGACAAAAGGGUGUAACAAGUUACGUCUUUUUGCCAACUUAUACAGUAUAUUUUGGGGUUUGGCAUCAAAAUGUCAUAAUGUGUAUAACAUAAUGAUAAUCCGGAGGCCCCUGCAGUCAAUUUAUUUGUUCAACUUUACAAUAAUGUGUACUCGAUAUAUGUAUGUAUGUCUUAUUUUUGUGAUUAUUUAUGGUCAAACCAUGCAACUGGCUUUUAAAAUUUUUUUUACUGAAAAUCAACGAUGACAAAGGAACUGAAAUUUGUUCCAUAUUUUUACAUGAUGAUAUAUAAUCUGUGGUAGAAUAAUUGGCUAACUGAAUGCAAAGGAAAAAGAUAGAUGACCUUGACAUUUUAACCCAAUUUAUCUGGGGGGGUUUUGGGAGGGGGGGGGGGGGAGAUGGGGAACAAAAUAUGUAUUGGGCGAGUUAACCAAGUUGAAGUCUUAUUGGAUAAUCUUUUACCUGGUGAGCGCGGACAACACAUGUAAUUGUUUUUUUUCCCCUUGCAAGUUGCACUCGCUAGAUAAUUUUAUUUCUAUUGUUUUUUUAUUAUUUUUUUUUGGCUUCCCCAAUAAAAAGAGUAGCUGAUUUCAGGCACGAGAAUGAAUUUCAAUGAAAAAAAACAAGGAAAUGUGUAAAAUCAGGAAUGAAGGAUGUGAAAUCAGGCAAAAAAGGCCACAAAACAAAUAAAAACGCGGAAAUUUGGGCAUCAAAGAAACUGGAAUUCCUGUUUGAACAGGAAGAUUCUCAUGCCUGAAUGUUUCUAAGAAGGGGAUGCCAAAAUAGACCAAGGUGUCCGUAUAGUGUGUAUAUAUAUAAAGUAUACCAGAGACAGGAAUGGAAAUUUACUGAUAUUGUAGGGAAUUUGCUAAAGUAUGGUGUGGAUUGGGUUUCUUUACCUAUGCUUUUUAAAAGUACAGAUUAUUAUUUGUUUUAACUCGUAACUAAAAUUAGUAUCGAUUGCAUUCCAUUGUAUUUUACAUUUCAUAACUGGAGCUGGUUUACUAAACUGUAAAAAAAAAAAAAAGGAACCCCCCAAACAAAUUUACAAGAAAAAGUUAAUAGACAUUGGUGUCAGAAAAUGUAUUUAUGUAAAUAAUUGUACAGCUUAUGCACAUUACAUGUGAUCUUUUCCAACAAAUUAAAAAAAACAACAAAAAAAAACCAGUGUAUAGAUAUUAUUGCUCACAUAUCAGUCACAUAUUCUGUCAAUAUUUGUGACAGCCUAUUCAGAUUGUGUGAAAGCACCAAGAAUGAAGAAAUACAACAGAAAAAAAAUGUUCCUCAAUAAAAAAAAAAUAAGUGUACAGAUAUUGCUGUCAAAAAAAUCAGACACUUUUUCUGUAAAUAUGGUCUAACAAAACAACAGUAAAAAAUUGCUUGCCUCCCUUUGUGUUUAUAACUGUGAGAGUCUCGUUGGGCACAAGACAAAAUCAUCCAAGUUGUGAACUCCUCUUCCCUAGCUUUGUUUGAUAAAUCAAUCACAGUUUUAAGAACAUUGGUCCGCGCACUCAGAAUUUUUGGGGGGAUUGCUCCUAGCACCGAUUUGGGGCAGCAUAACGAGGCUUGACAAUUGAUGUUCAGUCGAGUCUCGUUAAUACAAACUCGUUCGGACCUUGCCAAAUCGUUUGUUAUAUCAGAAUUUUGUAUUAAGAGGAACACCAGCCCCAUUCAUUGUGCACAUAAAUGCACAGUCGGGACCAAGGCCUUAUGUUUGUUAUAACCAGAAUUUGGUAUUAACAGAGUUUGUACCAACGAGAGUCGACUGUAUAUCAUGUAGCAUCUACAACACCUGUGCGUUAAUUAGUCUGGCACCGUGUGUUUCACAUAUUUCCAUGUGUAGAAAAUAAGUCAAGAGUCCAUGCGGAUGCAAAAGUGGCUGUUUUAACCAUCUUUCAGCUUACACUAUGAAAGGCUUAGCUGUUCCGAAUCAGUCAAACAUAAUUUUGUGCACUCUGGGACCGGCUUUAACAUACUUGUCCUGUUUUUGGGAUACCAAUGUUUGGCAUUGACUUAAAAUUUGCAUGAAGAUUGCUUUAAAAUAGAUUAUAAAGCUAAAAAUAUUUUAGUUUAGAAGAUUACCGUAUGUACGCUGCAUUGGGGUACAUUCUUUCAAGUGAAAAAAUAUAUUAUGUGCAGAGUUUUUUUAAUUAUAAUAACAGUUGAUGAAUUUUUGUUUUCAUUGUGUCUGUAAUAUUGGAACCUGUGCGACAAUAAGAUUCAAGGCAUAAAAUUCCCAGUAGAACCACGUGCGUAGAAUUUUUUGUUGAGUUUUUGAUUUUUGAUCUUUCAAAUAUUAAUGUCUUCCCAAAAAAAAACAGGAAAAAGCUUAAAUGAAAUAAAAUAAUUUUUAGUUACAUUAAGUAAAUACAAACACAUUUCAAAUUGUGUUUUUCUUAAAAAAAGUGAAACGUGCUGCAGUUUCCAAUAUUGUGACAAUUUACAUGUGUGUACUCGGUACUUUGUAACAAAAAAUCUGCAGUACAUGUAUGUAUAUUAAUUUGCUUUAUCAGAUUGAUUAAUAAUCAUGUAUAUAUACAAGAUGUACUGUUUUAAACAGACAUAUAAUAAAAAAAAUGUAAAAACUUAUAAUGCAAAGUCUUUACAAUAAAGUCAAACUUUUUAAAAUAUGUACAUUAAAACUGUGAUAGACUCCAAACAUAUAAUGAGACAUGCAAUACAUUUCCUCGAUUAUUUUAAUUAGAAAUUUUCGGCCAGCAUUCUACAUAUUGGUCUGAUCAUUUUGUGUUUGUGUGGUUGACGCCACUUCUAUGUCCUGUGAUAUAAAAAGUUAAUGGACACCAUUUACAACAAAAAAUGGGUUUUUGCGGAUGGCAAGGAACAAGAAUACAAUAAAUAUGAAGCAGCUUAUUUAAAAAACUAAAUUGUCGAAAUUUCAGCUCGGUGUAUAUACUUUUUGAGAAAAUUGUGAAAUGCAUUUUCAAUUUUCUUGUCACACAGAACAGGUUUCUAUUCAAAGCAUAAUGGUUUGGUCCUAAACAUCGCAAGAAAAUAAUGGUAAUUCCUCUUUUCUUGGAAAAAAUGACGGCACACUAGGUGCAACAUAUCACAAUGAAGUAGGAUAUUUCAUGAUAUUUUUGACAGUUAGUUGUUGCAAAUGGUGUCCGUUACUUUUAAGGAACCUAAACAAUCACACGUCGACCAAGGCUUCGUGUUGGCUGUCGUAUGACCCUUGACCUCUGACCUCUAGCGCCUGAGCUGUUUCCCCCAGCAUACCUUGGAAGAUAAAUUUGCCCCUGAAGCCACGUUGUGCCUGUUUUAAAAACCAAAAAAAUGACCGAAAAGAAAGGAAGAUUACAUUUCUUGCUAUAAUUAUAUUUUUGGAGUAAUUGGAUGUCAUUACUCUAAUUACUGCCCUGUAUCAUGCUUUUAAAGUAACAAGUCAAAAGGGGAAACUACUUUUGUUUUCGUUAAAAAUGCGUAGACUUUAAAGAAAAGGUCUGAUUUAUUUUUUAGAAUGCUGUAUCAAGAAAACUGCUUGCAGAAGUAUGGUGUUACAGUUGACUCUCGUUUAAACAAGCUUUGUUUAUACAAAUUCUGGUUAUAGAGAAUAUAAAGUCUUGGUCCUCACUGUGAAUUUAUGUCCAUGGGAGCCAUGCUCCUCUUAAUGCAAAAUUCUGAAAUAAACAUUUGGGUGGUGAGUUUGUAUUAAUGAGAGCUGACCGAAUUUUGGGUGUAGUUGUGUGUAUGGUUCAUGCUAGACGAGCAUAAGUAUCCUACAUGUUACAAUGAACAACUCGAAAACAAAUCUGAAAUAAACUGCUUAUAAACAAUAAAGAAAUCUUAGUGCCACGGUGUGCAGAUUUCA